GUCACUGGUUGGGCUGUGCGUGGCUGUCUGCUGUUUCCCCGAUCACCGCGGGGAUCCUUUCCGUCUCCUUACCGGGCAAAGCUUCGCCUCCUGUCCCAUACUAUGGAGAUUUCAGCGGCGGGGGACCGCGUGUUUGCCGCCGAGGCCAUCUUGAAGCGCCGCGUCCGCAAGGGAAGCAUGGAGUACUUGGUGAAAUGGAAAGGCUGGGCUAUAAAGUACAGCACUUGGGAGCCUGAAGAGAACAUCCUUGAUGAUCGCCUUGUUGCUGCCUUUGAACAAAAGGAGAGAGAACAAGAACUUUACGGACCAAAAAAGAGAGGGCCUAAGCCUAAAACACUCCUUUUGAAGUCACGAGCACAGGUUGCUGAGAGCUCACCCAGAGUCCUCGAGUUUAAACCUAGUCGACCCCAGCCAUCCUCUAAACCUCCACCUGCACCUACACCUGCACCCUCGUAUCAUCCCAGUGGCCCUUCCAAUGCUAAGCUGCAGUCUGGAGCUGCCCAGCCCAAACUAAAGAAAGACAUACACCGAUGUCAUCGCAUGGCACGUCGGCCUUUGCCCCGCCCUGAUCCUUUAGCUCCACAAAUCGGUUCUUCUAGUCCCUUCUCGUCUCGUCCUACAGUCAGCCCCUUCUGUGAGACAGUCCGCAUCCUUAACCGGAAGGUCAAACCUCGUGAGGUUAAGAAGGGACGGGUAAUUUUAAAUCUAAAAGUGAUGGACAAGAAUGGACCAGCCAAUAACAAAAGGACUCAAAAUUCCAGCCUUCAGUCUCAUGUUGGGCGGCAGAAAGUUCCUUCUCGGAACAGAGUGAUUGGGAAGAACAGGUUUGGAGAUGUAUCUUUUAGGUGCCUGCAGCAACCUAUGAGUGGCUCUGGAUUUUCAGUUUUUAGAAAGCCAAUUGAGGCUUUUCCAAUGGACUCUUCUGCGGAAAAGCCAAAGGCUGAACAAAGCGGUCACAAACCAGGUACAAAUCCAUCGCUGUCUUCCUCUCAAACUUCAAAAGUCAAGACCUCAGCUAUGCCAGAAGCACUCGUCGAGCCACCUCGAUCUGCUUCGAGCUCUGAGGUCUCGGACAGUGAACCUCUUCCCCCACCUUCACACCAAAUCCACCCCAAUCAAUUAGCCCAAUCGGGUGAGGCCAAUACUCAAAUUUCACACGCUGCCAAAUCCACACCUAAGCUAACAGACUCAAAAGCCAAAUUGACUCAGUCAGCCAUGCCUUCCUCCCCCAUGUUCUCUUCCUCCUCUUCUUCCUCCUCGUUAUCAUCCUCAUCUGAAGACAACGAGCACAUCCUGGAUCUCUCCGUGCCUCAUGGAACCGACAGGCGACUCAGACAACGACAACACUUUCGUGGUCGUCGGCAGCCCAAAGUUCCUGAAAUUCCUAUAUCCGAAGAGGCCUCGGAGGAAGACCAGGAUCUGGAUUGGCAUCCGGAGAUGGCUGCACAGUGUGCCAACGUGGUUAUUACGGACGUUACAACCAACCUCCUUACUGUCACUAUUAAGGAGUUUUGUCAUCCUCCUGGACUUCCGGCAAUAGCUUCGUCUCCCUGCUGCGCCAAUAAUUUAUCUUCUGUAAAAAAGACAAACCCUAACGUUUAUUUGGACUCGUCUCUGAUAAAUAUUGUGGUAAUUUUUUUGUCUCUUUCCCCCAUUUUCUUAUAUUCACUGCCUGCUCAAACCGCCACCCUGAAGUUCAUUGUUGUGAUCUUGGCCGCCGGGAUGGUGGCGUUUGUCGGAGCCGUAAUCUGCAUCAUCGCCGCGGUGCACGGCGGCUCUUCGUCUCCUGCAGCCGCAGCCUCGACCGCCGCACAGCCGCUCGCCGAUAAUCAGUCCCUGACAGCGGGUUCGAGUGUCCUCACCUUACCGUCAGGCUCUGUGGCCCGGGCAGGACCCUUGGACGCGCUUCAUGGCAGCGGAGAGAGAAACAGCCCGGGGUCUCCAACCUUCUAUGGGAUCACCGGCGUGAGAACUGGUGGCGAGGGCGGAGAGCAGCAGGUGGUAACAGUCAGCAGGCUGAUCUGUACUCCGGUUCCGGCUGGUGAUUGCGGACCGAAAGGCUUCCAGGCUGAUGAUCAGUCUGUGUAUGCGGGGGAUCAAGGGGGGGAUCUCCGCGCCACAGCAGAAGAGCUCAGGCGCACCGUGGAGCAGCAGGAAGAGGAGAUCCGCGCCGAGCAGCACACUAUCCGCGAGCUCACUGGGAAACUCUCUGUCUGCGAAAGCGGCACACACGGGAGACAGGGCUUGCGGGUUGGGAGAAGAGACGGCAGAGACGGACUCAUGAUGCAGGACGACGCGGGAGCGCCCGCUCUCACCGUCCGGGAAUUGGAGAGAGCCAUCAUGCACAUGAAGGAGCGCAUCGAGAAACUGGAGGCAGAAAUGGCUCCACUGGCUCACAACCACACAGAGUCAGGGCAGAAGGGCAAAGUCAGUGUCUCAAGUGCAAUCACGGUACAGGGAGCCGUAGCACAGAGGAGAGUGGAGGAUUUGGAGAGAGAGCUGAAGAGGAAGAUGCAAGUCCUGGAAGAGGAGAGGAAAGCACUUCGCAAGGAAACGCAGAAACAUCAACAGCACAUUGAUCACGGACUGGACGCUGUUCAUCAACGAAUUAUCAGCCUUGAGCAAGGUCUGUCUGAGAACAGGUUCCCAGAGGGUUACAGACUCUCUUUUCCUAUGAGAAGCACCUCUUUGUAUGCUGUGGUGAAGCGGGCAAUCCCAAUGCUUCAUGCGCUCACUGUGUGCAUGUGGCUCAGACCUGCGCAAAGCAUCCUGGGAACGGCAGUUUCUUACGCUGUGUCAGAGGAACCUCACGAGCUGGUGCUGCAGCAGAUAGUCCAUGGCCCUAUUGAGCUUAUCAUCAAAAAUGAGGUGGCACAGUUCUAUCUGAAUCUGACGGCUGGUUCUUGGCAGCAUGUGUGUGUCAGUUGGAACAGGAGAGGAGGAGUGUGGCACGCCUACGUGGGAGGAAAGCUGAAAGGUGAGGGGAAGGACCUGGCAACCCGCCACCACAUCCGUCCCGGAGGAACACUCGUCCUGGGCCAGGAACAGAGUUCAGUGGGUGGACUUCGUUUCGAGGCAUCACGGGCUCUCUUUGGUGACCUCUCUCAGUUUAACGUGUGGGACCGGCCGCUGACUCGGGCAGAGCUUUCUGCACUAGCCCACUGCAGCACAGGCAUGCUGGGUAAUGUAGUGCCUUGGACCAGCCGUGAGGUAGAAGUGUUCGGAGGUGUGACAAAGCAUUCGGCCGAGCACUGCAGUCAUCGUAGUAACGUGCAGGAGUGAGGCGUCACAUCAGAAGGUCAUGUGACAGGAGGAUGGGGUGGUGGGUGUCUGAGACAAGCUCAGGUUCAAAGUAUAAUGGAAAUGCUUGUAUGGUGUGGAAUGUCUAUUUAAAGUAAUUACUUAAACUAAAACUAUAAGAAUAUUGUGAGUAUUGUGAGGUUUUUGUUUGUUUUGGGAAAGAGAAUGGAUUUAGGAAGUUGGAACUUGUGAGACAAAACAUUCCAUGUUCGUUUCUCUUUACUUUGCUUUAAUGAGAGUUACAUUCAGGCCUUACAUCAGUUUGUUCAUUUCUUGCACUUUAUAUUUUUUUAUUCUUCAUGUUGAAGAUAUUACUGAAUGAAUAUCUUCAGCUACAGUGAAACAAACUUAGAACUGAUGAAAAGCUGAAUUAAUGUUAAAAUAAUGGUGUUAUGGGGAGCACGGUGGAAAGGGAAAACCAAUCCUGGAAAGCAGGUUUGAUUCCUGCCUCUAAAUUACCCAGUGUUUGUAUGUGUGACUGGGCUCUAAUGGGUUGGAGCCCUAUCCAGUGUAUCCCCUGCCUUGUGCCCUGAAUCCCCUAGGAUAGGCUGCAGGCUCCCAUGACCCUGUGUAGGAUAAAGAGGCUCAGAAAACAGACGGAUGAUUGUCUCAUAUCAUGAUUGAUUUUUAACCUCAUAACCCAUCAUUAUCACAUUUAAAUUUAGAGUAUGUUUUGCUCACAUCUCCUUGUUCAAACCCUAUCACCAGCUCCUGGAAAGACACUCUAUAUUUUAUUCUCUAUGAUUUUGAUUAUUUUUGCAGCUGAAAUAAUGAAUGUCCUGAAGGAGUCAGUUAAUUCCCAGGAGCUGAUCAUGACAUUAGAAAAUUGUGUUUUUGCCCUUGACAAAACAUUUACAUUUUCAAGGUCUGAUUUUCAGUGAUCUUUCACUGGGGAGGAAGUGGAAGGUAAAGGAGUUUGUUGCUUGUGUAUGACAGAACAGCACAAAGGAAUGAAUAAGCCUCACACCAUGGAUGAGCUUUUUUAAUUAUUUUAGAAUUAUUCAAAUAAGAUAUAACCCAGCUAAAUGCCCAGGUUUUGAUCAUGAAAAUUUCAUGAAAUUCUCUGGUUGCUCUUUAAAGCCUAUUAUUAACUCAAUACACUGAAGCAAAUAGGAAAGUUCUGUUGUAUGUAUGCGAUUGAGGAAUGUUUACCUGCACCCACUUAUGGAAUUAAUUUAUUUUAUUUUGGUAGAAAUCUUGGCUCAAACUGUUUUCCUACCUGGCCUUCCAUAAGGUCCCAAAUACAGUCAAUAAUCCCUGAUGCAGUGCAUUUUGUUAAGCCAUUAUUGCUGAUAUCUGUAUGUUUAUCUUUUUUUAUAACUGUGAUUAACUCCACAUUCCAUAUGAAAUGAGAUCCCAUGGGAAGUGUACUAUGUAAUAUACUGUGUAUGUUGUGUAUAUAUUUAUAUCUGAUCAGAGUAUUUUAUUAAUCUCUGACUACAGAGCAGACAUGAGCUUCGGUUGAGUUUUUCAUACGGAAACUGAACACGGAACAUAAACGGCAGCACACAGUCGACUUGCAAUUGUUCCAGUUGCACGAGAAGCUGAGAAUAUAUUAAUAUUGUUUUGCACAUUUUUACGAGUGCUGCUUGAAAAAUGGCAGCAGCAUGCAGUAGCACAAGGAUGAAACUUUGACCGCUGAAAAGACCGAAAAGAACUAUUUAUCUAUCAUUUCUAUUUACUGUUUAUCUUCAUUAGAGUGCAUUACUGUCUGGGUGGUUGUUAAUGUUAAAACGGUGCCUGUUAUUUGUUUAAUGUUUGAACUUACGUGGUCACUGUGAUGUCAUGUACUUGGUGUAUACAUAAAAAUCGCUCAUGUUAAAAAGAAAAAUGUUGCUUGUGUCGGAAAU